AAUCGGAAGCUGUCAUCUUUAACUUAACGCUGGUCAACAACAGCUGCUUUGCAAGAAACACGACUGAAGUAGUUGGCGAUGUGACGUGCACGUCAACCUACCUGUACGAGGUUUGGAAAGUUGUGUGUGUGUGGUGCUACUCGUCCAUGGUGUAGCUCUAAGUGUGGCGCCGUCUCUGAAUAGGAGCACCAUGGCAAUGUGGAUCCAGGCCCAGCAGCUGCAGGGUGAGGCCUUGCACCAGAUGCAGGCGCUGUAUGGCCAGCACUUCCCAAUCGAGGUGCGACACUACCUGGCCCAGUGGAUUGAAUGUCAGCUCUGGGAUUCAGUGGAGUUGGACAACCAAGCAGAGGAAGCCAAAGCUAAGCGUCUGCUGGACAGCCUGGUGGCGGAACUGCAGAAGAAAGCCCAGCUACAAGGAGGGGAGGACGGCUUUCUGCUGAAGAUCAAGCUGGGCCACUACGCCAACCAGCUCAAGAGCACUUAUGACCGCUGUCCUUUGGAGCUGGUGCGCUGCAUUAAACACAUCCUGCACUCGGAGCAGAGGCUGGUUCAAGAAGCUACAAAUGCCAGCACUGGCAGUGGGGUGCAGGCCAUGGACAGCCUGUCACAGCGACACCAGCAGAUCAACCAGGCCUUUGAGGAGCUCCGUCUCUCCACACAGGAGACUGAGAAUGAACUGAGAAAGCUGCAGCAUAGCCAGGAGUACUUCAUCAUCCAGUACCAGGAGAACCUGCGCAUCCAGGCCCAGUUGAGCAGCCUGUCUUCACUGCCUCCAGCUGAGCGCACCCAGCGGGAGACCGCCCUACAAACCAAGAGGACCACUGUAGAGGCCUGGCUCACUAGAGAGGCCAGCACACUCCAGAAAUAUAGGCUUGACCUGUCAGAGCAACACCAGAAGACCCUGGCCCUGCUAAGGAAGCAGCAGACUCUGAUCCUGGAUGAGGAACUCAUCCAAUGGAAGAGAAGGCAGCAGCUGGCUGGCAAUGGGGGUCCUCAUGAGGGGGGGCUGGAUGUCCUCCAGUCUUGGUGUGAGAAGCUGGCUGACCUGAUCUGGCAGAACCGGCAGCAGAUCAGACGGUGUGAACAUCUGACCCAGCAGCUUCCUCUGCCGGGUCCAAUGGAGGAGCUGCUGAGCAAACUCAACGCUGACAUCACUGAUAUCAUCUCCGCCUUAGUUACGAGUACCUUCAUAAUUGAAAAGCAGCCGCCCCAGGUGUUAAAGACCCAGACCAAGUUUGCAGCCACAGUGCGCCUUCUGGUGGGCGGGAAGCUCAACGUCCACAUGAAUCCACCUCAGGUCAAGGCUGUCAUUGUAAGCGAACAGCAGGCCAAAGCUCUGCUGAAGAAUAAGAGCACACACAGUGAAAGCAGUGGAGAAAUCCUGAACAACAACUGUGUAAUGGAGUAUCACCAGGCCACUGGCACCCUCAGUGCACACUUCAGAAACAUGUCACUGAAGCGGAUCAAGCGGUCGGAUCGUCGAGGUGCAGAGUCAGUGACGGAGGAAAAGUUCACAGUUCUGUUUGAAUCACAGUUCAGUGUUGGGGGCAACGAGCUGGUCUUCCACGUCAAAACCUUAUCACUGCCUGUGGUAGUGAUCGUCCACGGCAGUCAGGAUAACAACGCCACAGCCACUGUCCUGUGGGACAACGCCUUUGCUGAGCCGGGCAGGGUGCCAUUCAUCGUGCCAGACAAGGUGCAGUGGCCCCAGCUGUGCGAGGCCCUCGAUAUGAAGUACAAGGCAGAGAUGCACAGCGGACGCGGCCUCUCAGAGGAUAACAUGGUCUUCCUGGCACAGAAAGCUUUCACAAGCAGCAGCAACAACCUUGAGGACUUUCGCAACAUGACUAUAUCCUGGGCCCAGUUCAACCGGGAGAGCUUACCUGGACGCAACUUUACCUUCUGGCAGUGGUUUGAUGGAGUCGUAGAGCUCAUGAAGAAACAUCUCAAGCCUCACUGGAAUGAUGGGGCCAUCCUGGGCUUUGUAAACAAGCAGCAGGCACAGGACAUGCUGCUGUCCAAACCCAACGGCACCUUCCUGCUGCGAUUCAGCGACUCUGAGAUUGGAGGCAUCACCAUCGCCUGGGUGGCUGAGAACCCCAACAAAGCAGGUGAGAGGCUGGUCUGGAAUCUGUUGCCUUAUACAACCAAGGACUUCUCCAUUCGUUCCCUGGCUGACCGCAUCAGUGACUUGAACCACCUUCUGUUUCUCUACCCUGACCGGCCCAAAGGCGAGGUCUUCGCCAUGUACUACACCCCUCCACUCUCAAAAGCAGUGGAUGGAUAUGUCAAACCACAGAUCAAACAAGUUGUGCCAGAAUUCACCACCCCAAACCCUGAACCCAGUGGAGGAACUCCUACGUUCAUGGACCAAACAGCUUCUCCGUCUGUGAGCCACCCCAACAACUUUGGCGUCUACCCUUCUAUGAGUGACACCAUGUUGGAUGCAGAUGGAGACUUCGACCUGGAGGACACGAUGGACGUGGCUCGCCACGUGGAGGAGUUGCUCCGCAGGCCUAUGGUCAACCAGUGGAGCAGUCCACCGUCGUGAACCUGAAACCUGAACCUACUGCACACCUUCGGUUUCCCACCGAUUAACAGAAAACCACAACUGCAACCAAGGCAAAACAUCUUCUGUGUUAAUCAGUCACUCUCAGAUCCACAUUACAAUUCAGUUUUUUUAGCCGUCUACUUGCUUCUGUCAAUGUUACCGACAUUUGACAGAGGCAGGUUGUUUCUCAGGGUUAACGUGUUUAGUUGGUUUGGAUCAAUGGGUUUUAGACAAAAAGACAUAGUCAGGUUGCAGGUAAGCUUUGCAAUUUAUAUAUGCCUAAAGAGCUUUUAGCUGUCAAUCAGAGACUUUUGCAUUU